AUGCAGGUUGUGAGUGUUUUGGUAUUAUAUCACCACAAAUCAAGCAAUUUUAUUCUGACUUUCUUCUUAUGAUUAUUGACAUAGUUUAAAUGUUUUUACUUUGCCGCAGUCAAAGGAUAGAGCCUAUAAAUGCAUAAACUAAUGUAAGGUCUAUAGAGCAUUAGUAGUCUGAUUAAUUCGCUAACCAUUAAGCUGAUAAAGUAAUAAACUAGGCUUCAACUUUUAGUAAUGGCGUCUACUAUAAUGAUAACAUUUCGUCCUGGGCUCACGCUGAAUGUCUUCCGGUCCACUGCUGCUAUUCCUCAGUCUGAAGCGCGGUUUUUAAUUCACGUAACUAGGCAAUAACAUGGUCGUUUGACAAUUUGCUGAUUUACAACAGUUGUAGUUUUCUUGCUGACAUCAGUUUGCGCACGACGCGCUGUGUGCCAAGAACAGGGAGGCUGUCGAGUGGGGGAGUGCGGAGAAACAGUAAUUUUUUCCUCUGCUCCUGAGGGGUCUCCUUCUGUAGCUAUAUAAGGCGCUCAGACUUUUACAGGAGUAACACAGUCUCUGUGUGCCUCAGGACGACUGCCAAAUAUCAGCAGCAGCAGCCUGGUCCUCGCAUAAGGAAAUAAUACAGCUCUCCAACGCGCAGAGGAAGCAGCUCCAAAACAUUCAAGCAGCUGGAUACUGACUGAGAAAGACAGAGGUUGCAUCUGUGACUCUGAGGAGCAGCAUUCACAGAAAAAGACUGUCGACUGUAGUCUGAAGCUGAAGUGUCAGAAUGACCUGUACUGCCUCGACCUGGCUCCCCAUCCUCUCCCUCCUGUUGUUUUGCGUCACGGAUUCAUCUUCUCUCUUCCUGCCUGAGGAGCUGAGGGAGCUGCUGAGCCGUUAUGAGCAGGAAACAGACCAGAACGGCACCAACAACACAGCUGGGAGCAGGAACCGAAGAGCCAUCCUCUGGUCCGACCGUGAGGAGAUCCUCCAGCUGCACAACAAGCUGAGAGGCAGCGUUUACCCUUCUGCCUCAAACAUGGAGUACAUGGUUUGGGAUGAUGAGCUGGAGCGGUCUGCCACUCAGUGGGCAGAGGAGUGUCAGUGGGACCAUGGGCCUCGAGACCUGCUCAUGUCUAUUGGACAAAACCUGGCAGUUCACUGGGGCAGAUACCGCUCACCUGCCUUCCACGUUCAGGCCUGGUAUGAUGAGGUGAAAGACUACACCUAUCCCUACCCUCACGAGUGCAAUCCCUGGUGUCCUGAACGCUGCUCCGGGCCUAUGUGCACCCAUUAUACCCAGCUGGUCUGGGCAGCCACUACCCGAGUGGGCUGCGCUGUGCAUGUGUGUCCACGGAUGAACGUUUGGGGAGAAGUAUGGGAGAAUGCUGUUUACCUAGUGUGCAACUAUUCCCCAAAGGGAAACUGGAUUGGAGAGGCUCCCUACCAGCAUGGCCGCCCUUGCUCCCAGUGUCCUCCUAGCUAUGGGGGAGGAUGUAGAAAUAAUCUAUGUUACAAAGACUCUCAGCGCUCAGAGACAGAAGACAUGAAUGAGGUGGAAAAGCCUCAGGUACCUUUGCCACCUCGAACCACCUCCAGACCAUCUCCCAAGCUUCCAAAGAAACCAGUGUCCAAGCCCUCCAGUCCAAAGCCUGCAACACCCAGGACAUCAUCUUCAAAAACCCCCAACAUAUAUCUUGCUCACAGCAUCAAAUGUGAAACUAAACUGCGAGAUAAGUGUAAAGGAGCAACUUGCAACAGACAUAAAUGUCCGGCUAACUGUCUGAAUCAGAAGGGGAAAGUUUGGGGAACUGUUUCUUACGAUGUGCAAUCAAGUAUUUGCCGAGCUGCUAUCCAUGCUGGGGUCAUUGACAACAAUGGAGGGCUGGUUGACGUCACAAGGACGGACAAGUUGCCGUUCUUUGUCCGGUCUACAAAAAAUGGCAUUGAGUCUCUGAGUAAAUAUAAACCUGGCAAUUCCUUUAUGGUGACCAAAGUGGAAGAAUAUACAGCUGAUUGCUACACCACAGUGGCUGAAAUCUGCCCUUUCAAAAGACCCUACUCACACUGUCCAAGAGUCCUCUGUCCAGCCACUUGCAAAACUCAACCUUCUUACUGGUCUCCUGUGAUUGGAAACACCAUCUAUGCAGAUAGCUCAAGCAUUUGUAAAGCAGCCAUCCAUGCAGGGGUAAUGAAAGCAGAGGGCGGUUUUGUUGAUGUUCUGCCACUGGAAAGGAGAAAGAGCUACACCGGAGUCCUAAAAAAUGGCAUACAGUCUGAAAGCAAAAGCAACACAGAAGGGGAUUCCUUUCGACUCUUUGCUGUGAAGAUGUGAUACCUCUGAAUUCUGGACACCAACAGAGUCGCUUCAGCUGGCGUCGAGGAGCAGUGCCUGCAGGUUGGAUACCAUGGCUCUUCAUCUGUGUGUGCAUGUCUUUAGUGGACCCCAGAACAUUGAAAUUGACACUAUGCCCCCUCAAAGUGUUGUAAAUAAAAGUCCUUGUUUCAUCCAGUUAGCCAGUAUUUCCACAGCCCGCCAUUUAUGCUUAUCUUUACCAUAAGCAUACACACUCUGUGAAUACUGAAUGCUUUUUUUUGUUUGUUUUUUUUGUGUUUUUAAAUAUAGAUUUUGAUGAAUUGAACAGCUGGUGCUGGAAGUUUCAGUAAAAGAGAAUGCAUUAUGUUUACAGUGAUGCUCUCAUUACAAAUAUACGUUGGUUUUUACACACAGAAGUGUUUACAGAUCACACUGUAUUUAAUCAUUCUGUACAGACUAUAGAAGAUUUUGUUUGUUUAUUAAAGAAUUACAAUAUUUUACAAUAUUUUAACAUGUUUAUGUCUUAUUUGGCUUUUUGUGCUUUUGGUGUUAUUUGCUUUUGAACAUUUAGACUGUGAAGCUACAUCUAGGUCUAAAUAGUAUUUACAAAAGUCAAGUGUUAAGUUUUAUUUUUGUGUGAGAGACGAGGUUUUUACUGGUUGGACUGACCAUAUACUAUCAAGCAGAGAAAUGAAAGUCUAUGGAGGGAAUUACAUCAUACUUUAGUGCCAGGCAUGUGGAGGUCAUCAAUGGAAGGUGAUUUGGUGGCAUCAAAACAAACAUCAGAUGUGCUCUUUUAUAUUUCCUAUUUUAUAUUUAUUAUUACUCAUUGCUUUUUCUUGUUGUUUCUUUUGUUUCUCCUCCAUAUAUGAGACUAAAUUUAGGCCCCUUCCCACCUAAGACAGUUGAAUGUGUUGCAUGUUUCCGGUACAGGGAGGUUUUUUCUGUAACUUUUUUUAAAGGGUGUGAAAAUGUUUAACAUUUGUUUUGAUCAAACUAAAACUUACGCACUUUGGAACAAUAGAUGCUACACAAAAACACCUUUAAUGUCUGUCAUUAUACUGGAUUUCAGUGCUGUUGUGUUUCUUUAACCCUGAUUAACAUUUCCCCCCUAUGUCAAAGUUGAUUUUGUCUCACAGGAUUUGCUUCUUGACUUCAGGUCCUAAUUCACAGCACACACAUUAAAGCACCCUUGAGCCUUUUGGCUCCAUCUGUUAGUUUAAGGGAUGUAAAAGUGUGAUUUAAAGUGUAUUCCAACUUUCUUUUUCUUUACUCUACCUCAGUCCUGUCGCUAUGCAAAGCAUUUAGGUCUUUUCUUUAUUGCAAUUUUUAUUGGAAAGUUUUGUAAAAUUAUGGGAAAUGCAAAUGUAAUAAUCCUUUAGUGAAAUAUUGUUUAAAAUAUGUGAAUUUGUUAUGUUUUCUUUUUACCGGUGUAGGAUGUAUUCUAUACUUUUUGCACAAUUUGAAAAUAAAAUAUUACUGAGAAA